AUGGAUGAACCGGAUCGGAAGGCCACAUUUGAUAUCAGCCUUGUUGCAAUGGACAAUGAAGUCGCUUUGUCGAAUAUGCCCGAAGUAUCGAGAAAAAUAAUCCCCCCACCCACCGGUCGUCCUGCGCCUGCAGAAGGUCACAAUUACGUCAAAGUACAAUUUGACAGAUCGCCCUACAUGUCAACGUACCUAGUGGCAAUGGUCGUCGGAAACUUCGACCAUGUUUCCACGAAGGACGCUAAUGGAGUUGAUAUUCGUGUCUUCACACCUCCCGGGAAGAAAGCAUGCGGACAAUACGCCCUAGAAGUUAGCGCAAAAGUGUUACCUUUCUAUGCUAACCUUUUUGGUCAAAAAUUUCCUCUGCCGAAAUGUGAUCUUAUCGCACUUCCUGACUUCGCGUGCGGUGCAAUGGAAAACUGGGGUCUUAUAACAUACAGAGAAACGCAGUUGCUUAUCGAUCAUGAGAACACGUCUCUGACAUCAAAGCAGCUUGUUGCUCUAACUGUGACCCACGAAUUGGCUCAUAUGUGGUUUGGUAAUUUGGUAACAAUGGAAUGGUGGACGCAUCUAUGGCUGAAUGAGGGAUUUGCUACGUGGACUGAGUGUCUCGCCACUGACUAUUGUUUCCCGGAUUACGACAUUUGGGUAAGUUAA